AUGGAGAGUGGUGAAGAUGUUCCUCCACCUGAAGUGGACCAAGCUCUGGUUAAAAUGGCGCAAGUCCUAAAUCAGAUGCAGAUAAGCCAAGACAGAAUCAAUGGUGGCAAUCCACGUGUCACUAUCCAGGAGUUUCUCCAGCUCAACCCGCGCACUUUUGAUGUCACCGCAGAGCCAAUUGAUGCCGAUGAUUGGUUACGCGAGAUGAACAAGACUAUCAGUGUGACACAUGUGGCUAAUGAGGACCGUGUUCCUUAUGUGACAUAUCUUCUUCGUGGAGUUUCAGCCGCAUGGUGGGACAAUUAUCUGCUGAUGAAAGCACCAGAUGCAAUCACUACCUGGGAUGAGUUUCAGCUGCUCUUCAAGCGUCAUCACAUUCCUGAUAGCAUCAUGGAGAGAAAGCGGGAAGAGUUCUGCAACCUUUCUCAAGGAAGCAAAACUGUGCUGGCUUAUAGAGAUGCUUUCUUAAAACUGGCUCGCUAUGCUGGAGAUGAGGUAUCUACAGAUGCCAAAAAGCAAGCCAUGUUUCGCAAAGGCCUGAACCCAGAGAUCAAGUAUGCUAUACUCUUGGUCAAGUGCAAUACCUUCGAGGAGCUCGUUAACACAGCGCUUCAAGAAGAGUAUGGUCGUGCAGUGCUAGAAGAGUCUCGACACACUUCACGCAACUGCUAUCAGAACAAUACUCUACAACCGUCCAAGGCUUUCAACUAUAACAAUAAGCCUGGUACGAAAAGUGUAUGGGUGAACAAUGUCACAACUCUGCAACCUGAAAAGGCACCUGAAGUCGUGCUUGGUGUUCUUCCUGUGAACUCAAUCUCUGCUAAAGUUCUGUUUGAUACCGGAGCAUCACUUUCCUUUGUCUCUCAAAAGUUUGCUCUAACUCAGGAGUUACCUAUGGGUCCUUUGCCCGUUAACCUCACGGUGAACUCUCCAGGAGCACAUAUGCAAGUUUCCAAGAUAAGCCAUGGCAAUCAAAUUCUCACUGGAGGCUAUAUGUUUCUUGCUUCGCUCAUAGCUCUCGGCAAUUCGGAAAUUGAUGUCAUUCUCGGCAUGGAUUGGUUGAAGGCCAACAAAGCUGUAAUUGAUUGCACCAAGUAUUCAGUUUCCCUUCCUACUUCGAUAGGCCACAUAGUCUAUUCACCUUCCCAGACACCUUCCGUUCAGCUCUUCGCUUUGAAUGCUAACCCUCUUCCGGAGCUUGAAUCUAUACCAGUGGUUUGCGACUUUCCUGGCGUCUUUCCUGAAGAACUUCCAGGUAUGCCACCUGACAGGGCUGUUGAGUUCAUCAUCGAACUAGAACCUGGAACGGCUCCUAUCUCCAAGCAGCCAUACAAGAUGGGUCCCAAUGAGUUGGCUGAACUCAAGAAGCAGCUUGAGGAGUUGCAAAAACUUGGUUUCAUUCAGCCGAGUACUUCUCCAUGGGGAUGUCCUACCAUCUUCAUCAAGAAAAAGGAUAAAAUUGAUUGA